AACCCUCAAUACAAAGGUGAUCUUAACUUUGUAAAUUAAGAAAAAAAUCUUCUCCUUAGCUGUUUCCUUCAGCCAUAUUUAAAUAAUGGAACUAUUUAUUUUUUGUGUUGUCCUGCUUUCAUUCCCCCAUGACAGCAAAGAAAGUGGAGAUUGGUGCUAUGAGCCACAGGUAAACUGCACUGAUUCCCAUAGUUGUAAAGGACCAAUGGAAUGGAAUGAGGUGGAAUCAGCCUGUGCAGGCUCAAAACAGUCACCUGUUAAUAUUGUAACUGCGAAGGCAAAAUAUAACUCUAGUCUCAAACCAUUCGAGUUUGUUUAUUACAGUCAAUCUAACACAGUAACAAUAAAGAACAAUGGCCAUUCAGCCCAAAUUACUCUAAACAGUUCAAUAAAAGUAUCUGGAGGUGGCCUUCCAACAACAUAUAAAGCUGUACAAAUGCACUUUCACUGGGGCACGAGUGAUGUUAAGGAGAUUGGAUCAGAACAUACAAUAGAUGGUGAACGGUAUCCAAUGGAGCUCCACAUUGUUCAUAUUAAGGAAAAUUUUGCUGAUUUAAACGAGGCUAUAAAAGAAGCAGAUGGCAUCGCAGUACUAGGAUUUCUUUACAAUGAAAGUGGCAGUCCAAAUGGUAACUAUGACAGUUUGAUUACUUCCUUGUCUAACAUCACAUUAGAAGGUAACUCUACUACAAUCAACAAUUUCAUGCUGGAAAAAUUGAUUCCAAGUAAAGAAAACAUGGCAAAAUACUAUCGCUACAGUGGAUCAUUAACAACUCCUGCCUGCAAUGAAGCUGUGGUCUGGACUGUUUUUGCAGAACCGAUUCAGCUCAGUAAAGACCAGCUCCAGGCUUUUCCAAAUAACCUGCUCUAUACUAAUGGGAAAAACAUGACUGAGAACUACAGACCAUUGCAAAGACUAAAUGGACGAACCAUACAGACAUCUUCAUCCUGCAUUGUAGCUUCAUCAUCGUUGCUGGCUGCUAAUGGGCUCUUUUGUAGCUUUCUUGCAUCUGUAAUUAUUUAUACUCAGUUUUAUUAGUUAUUACUCAAGCUGUAAAUGUUAUAUUUACCAAAAUGCCAAAAUCUUAUGUUUUAAUACAUUAAAAAUAAUACAUUUAAAUAGCUACAGAGGUGUUGACACCAUUGCUGUGUAUGAGAAAUACAUCAGAGUUACAGAGCAGAAUAACUAUCCACCUCCUCCUUAAUAAUUUUAAUAAUCACAGAAUUUUAUUUUAUAUUUAAAAAUGGAAAGAUAGUUAAAUUCAUCUUAUUACAUGAGGUAUUCUAGUUUUCUAAAAAGAAAAUAAAUUAUUUUCUUUAUU